GGCAUCCCAUGUUGCCAUGCUAUUGCAUGCAUGGGGUAUCACAAAAAAGAACCCAAAGAUUUUGUUUCCUGGUAUUAUAGGUAAUAAAUUUAGUUUGGAUUCGUAUCAUUAAUAUUUUACUUCUUAUAUGUAUUAAUUGAUGAGCACAUUUGGUUUCAGGAAGAGUACUUUCAUGGCUACUUAUUCUCACAUUAUUUUGCCAACAAAUGGUCCCCAACUAUGGCCUAUAUCAACAACAGAGCCAAUCAACCCACCAGCUGAGAGAAGAACUAUAGGUCGCCCCAAAAAGAAUAGAAACAAGGCUAAUGAUGAGCCAAAAAAUCCACAUAUAUUACCUAGAGAUUUACCAACAGUGAAAUGUACAAAAUGUAGAAAGAUGGGUCAUAAUAGGAGGACAUGUGGAGGAAAUCGAGUGCUCCCAAAAGGUGGAAAUAAGAAACAAAAGAAGGGAAAAAAGUCUGAUACACAAGGAGCAAAUGGUGCCAGUGGUUUUGGUGCACAAGGAGGUGAUGGGGCUGCCACUCUUUUGACUCGAGGGUCACAACAUCCUCCUCCAACCCAAGAUUCCAGAGGAUAAUAGUUUAUUAAUUAGGGGACUGUUUUUUGAUUCAGCUGUUAGACAUAUAUUACUGCAACAUUCAGCUGUUAUGCUUGUUUUUUUCACUCAAUUAUUAGGUGUAUUAUUGUACUCGUAUAGAGCCAUCGUGGCUCUUUUAAAUAUAUUUUUUUGAUUAAGG